AUGAUAAACUCCCCCAAGAACAGCUUGGAUCCCACUGACUUCUUCAAAAAAGCAGAUACUAUCUACAAGAACGGGGUGCUACUGCAAGAACCACCUGGCGUCUACAAGAACCACCUGGGGUCUACAAGAACCACCUGGCGUCUACAAGAACCACCUGGCGUCUACAAGAACUACCUGGCGUCUACAAGAACCACCUGGCGUCUACAAGAACCACCAGGCGUCUACAAGAACCACCUGGCGUCUACAAGAACCACCAGGCGUCUACAAGAACCACCUGGCGUCUACAAGAACCACCUGGUGUCUACAAGAACCACCUGGUGUCUCCAAGAACCACCUGGCGUCUACAAGAACCACCAGGCGUCUACAAGAACCACCUGGCGUCUACAAGAACCACCUGGCGUCUACAAGAAUCACCUGGCGUCUACAAGAACCACCUGGCGUCUACAAGAACCACCUGGCGUCUACAAGAACCACCAAGGGUCUACAAGAACCACCUGGCGUCUACAAGAACUACCAAGGGUCUACAAGAACCACCUGGCGUCUACAAGAACCACCUGGCGUCUACAAGAACCACCUGGCGUCUACAAGAACUACCAAGGGUCUACAAGAACCACCUGGCGUCUACAAGAACUACCAAGGGUCUACAAGAACCACCUGGCGUCUACAAGAACCACCUGGCGUCUACAAGAACCACCUGGCGUCUACAAGAACCACCUGGCGUCUACAAGAACCACCAAGGGUCUACAAGAACCACCUGGCGUCUACAAGAACUAUCAAGGGUCUACAAGAACCACCUGGCGUCUACAAGAACCACCUGGCGUCUACAAGAACCACCUGGCGUCUACAAGAACCACCUGGCGUCUACAAGAACCACCUGGCGUCUACAAGAACCACCUGGCGUCUACAAGAACCACCUGGCGUCUACAAGAACUACCAAGGGUCUACAAGAACCACCUGGCGUCUACAAGAACCACCUGGCGUCUACAAGAACCACCUGGCGUCUACAAGAACUACCAAGGGUCUUCAAGAACCACCUGGCGUCUACAAGAACUACCAAGGGUCUUCAAGAACCACCUGGCGUCUACAAGAACUACCAAGGGUCUUCAAGAACCACAAAACGUCAACAGAGGCAUCUUGCCUACAGCUCACAGAGCUUGA